AUGAGGAAGCCAGAUUUUUCUGGGAAGAACAAUGUGAACAACAAUGGAGCCAAGCUAAGGAAAGGUUUGUGGUCACCAGAAGAAGAUGAUAAGCUCAUGAACUACAUGCUCACCAAUGGACAAGGCUGCUGGAGUGAUGUAGCAAGAAAUGCUGGCUUGCAAAGGUGUGGAAAGAGCUGUCGUCUUCGGUGGAUUAAUUACUUGAGGCCUGACCUCAAACGAGGCGCUUUUUCACCCCAGGAGGAAGAACUCAUCAUCCAUCUUCAUUCCAUUCUUGGCAAUCGGUGGUCUCAAAUCGCAGCACGCUUGCCGGGGCGCACUGACAAUGAAAUCAAGAACUUUUGGAACUCAACAGUAAAGAAGAGGCUUAAGAAUUUAUCUUCCACACCCUCACCAAAUACAAGUGAUUCAUCAUCGGAUCCAGGGGGUCUCGUGGGAGGAGGGCUCAUGUCCAUGCGGGAACAAAACAUUAUGGCUCUCUACAUGGACUCAUCAUCCUUGUCAUCGUCAUCGACAAAAGCAAGGGCUCUGAAUCGUCCCAUGGACAUCGACCCCUUGUCUAUGUUUGAUAACAGCCUAACUAUGUCUGCUCCAAGUGGAUCAUACUUAAAUGCACCACAAGUUGAAAUGAACCCUAAUACGUUCUAUGAGAAUUACAGGAUGUUUGGUGGCAAUAUUGGGGUGGAAGGAGAGCCGUUAGAUCUCCCCCCUGAGAGCAUAAGUAUUGAAGGAUGUGCAAAAACCGAAUAUUUUUCAGAUACAAACACUAAUAACAUCACUGUCAACACUAUGAACAAUUUAUUCAUCAAAUACUGCAACAGCAGCAACAUCAACGACAACCACAAUAACAAGAACAUCAAAGUAGAAAACAUAGGUGGGUUAAACAAUUACUUUGAAGGAGACGACCAAAGAGUACUGGGGGACUGGAACUUGGAGGAAUUGAUGAAAGAUGUUUCCUCCUUUCCAUUUCUUGAUUUCCAUGUCGAAUAA